AUGGACACAGCAACAGUCUACUUAAAUUUAAAGGCACCCAGGACUCGGGGGGCUCAGUGUGCAUCACCUCCAUCUCUUCCCCAAGAUGCCUGCCAGUGCCCACGUUCACACAGGCUGGCUCUGAAACUCAGCUGUGCUGGGCUGAUCCUUCUUCUCUUGACCCUGAUUGGGAUGAGCAUCUUAGUUCGAGUCCUAAUACAAAAACCAUCAAAAGAAAAACACUCUGUGUAUAUUCAAGAGAACAUACGUAACACAACAGAGAGUCCAGCUAAGUCAAUGUGCCCAAAAGACUGGAUUCCAUACAGACAUAAAUGCAUACAUUUUUCUCAAGUUCCCAACACUUGGAAGGAAGGUCUGGAUGACUGUAAUCAGAAAGGAGCCAUUUUGCUGCUUGUUCAAGACCAAGAAGAGCUGAGAUUCCUACAGAACCGGACAAAAGACUCUUCAUCUUGGAUUGGACUAAGUUACAAAUUGCUGGACAAGACCUGGAAAUGGAUAAACAACUCUGCUUUAAGCUCUGAUGUGUGA